GCUUAGCAUAUGGAUAGCACAUGAGGUGUUUUACAGUAGUUGUACUGCUCCCUCACUAUCCCAGACCCACCUGUCCUUUGUUUCAGUUGCCUCUGUUAGUUGUUGGUGUUGCAGCAAUCAUUUUGGAUCUCACACUUCUUUCACUUGCUCAUUUUUUAUACAGUGAAUCACAAUUUUUAUUAGUUUCUUUGUUUAUAGGACUACUUAUCUAUCCAGUUCUCUAGUGGGUAAUUCACUAUCUUUCCUCUCUUUUUGGCUUCUUCUCCACAUACCCAUCUCCACACUGUAACCCUAUGAUCUAAACAUUUCAUUUUCAUAUUUUGUAUUUCAUGUAGAUAGAUGGAGACUGCACAUACACAAUUUCUUGAGGAAACUAGACUUAUUUUUAUCCAGCCCUUUUGUUUUUCUUCACUUUUUGUUGAUGCCCUUUGAUCAAUCUUGGUGUUUGAGUCUGUAAAUUAUGGAUUUUUUGCAUACCCUUUAAGUUGAUCAUGUUGAAAUUGCAUAAAGUUGGAAUCUUUGGUUCUUGAAUUUCGGGUAUUGAUAUUUAAGCUACUUGUGUUGAAUUGAGGGUGAUUUGACAUCAAUUAGGCCAAAGGAAGAUGAUUUCUUCUGGGAUAAAUUUGGUUAUGACAGUAAUUGGAUUUGCUGUUAGUACUAUGUUUAUUGUGUUUGUAUGCACCAGGCUCAUUUGUGCUCGAAUUCAAUUGAAUGCCUCUCGACGCUCCUUCCAUAUCACUUCCAGAUCAGAUCUUAGCAUUCUGGAACGAGGUUUGCAUGGACUUGAACCUCUUGUUGUGGCCAACUUUCCUACAAAGAAGUACAGUGAUCAGUUUUUCUCCUCUGCAGAAGAUACUCAGUGCACAGUUUGCAUUGCAGAAUAUCAGCCAGAAGAUACCCUCCGUAUCCUACCUUUCUGUGGACACUCGUUUCAUGCAAACUGUAUCGACAUAUGGCUUCAACAGCAUUCUACAUGUCCCGUUUGUCGUGUUUCAUUGCGCGACGUUCCCGAGAAAAAGCGGUUCAUGCAACCCAUGUUCAGUUCAGCUUUUCGAUCUCAGUAUGCUAUGGAAUCACUUGCAGCAAAUUCAUGUCAGUGCCUAUCUAAUAAUCAUCGACUUUUAACAAGAGGACAUGAAAGUAGGAGAAUGGAUUCUGUACAGGAGGAUCAGUUUCAGUUCAGAGGUGACGGGGCAGUAGCUAGAGAGAGCAAUCCUGUAUCAAUCGAAAGUAACGCAGCAACUAAAGAUUUUGAAAUCAAGCACAUGGAGAGUCCAUCGAACGUCUAAACUCUUCACUGCUUUCACUUCAAUGCUUCCAAGAUCUGGUUUACAAGAGACUGGAAGUGCGGGGCUGGGAAGCAGAAGUUAAAUUUAUCCCAAUUGUGUCAUAGACAGGGGAUUGAUUUCUUAUAUGGCUCCCUGUAUAUAAAGCUAAAAGCCAUGUUUUUUUCAAAUCCUGAUUUGUAGCAAUAGAUUAUUUCAUGGGCAGUUUUGUUAGGCAAGUUAUAGAAGCCUCUGGAUUGUAGUUCAAGUCCGUUGUUGCAGAUUGUAGUUUAUAUGCUGUUUUGAUGUAUGUAUCUAUCUCACAUGUGGCUUCUCUUCGAGCA